AAAACAAUUACAGCUGUCAGAUUUUGAUGGUGUUUCGCUAAUCAUUAGAUGGAAAAAAGUAGCAAUAUAUUACAUUACGGCGAAUUUUUGUUAUUUGUUACGUUUAAUACUUCUUUGUAAAAACAGUGUAGAACGAAAACAUGUCGGUGCGCCACGAUUGGUACCAGUCGGAAACAAAGGUGGUGGUAACCGUGAUGUUGAAAGAUGCCGUCUCCAAGAACUACAAAGUGGAUAUCAUGCCAGAGUGUUUGCAUAUGACGGCCGAUGGUUAUGAACUCGUCUUAAACUUUUAUCGUCCAGUUGACGUCAGUAAAUCAUCGCACAAAGCAUACACUACUAAAGUGGAAAUAACGCUAGCCAAAGAAGUGGGCGAGCGGUGGGAAAGCUUGGAGAAAAAAGAUCUUCCCCCGCCAACGGCUAGACCUCCACCAAUUCACAAAAAAGACUGGGACAGCUUGGCAAAAGAAGUGGACAAAUCUGAAGAAGAGAACUCAAAUGGUGAAGAUGCGUUAAAGCGGCUCUUUGAUAAAAUUUAUUCUGAAUCGUCGCCUGAAGUGAAGAAAGCAAUGAACAAAUCGUUUUCCGAGUCCGGUGGCACUGUUCUAAGCACCAACUGGCAAGAGGUGUCAAAAGAUAAAGUUGAUGUUAAGCCGCCCGAGGGUGCGGAAUUUAAAAAGUGGGACUAGUUGGAUAGCGUUAAUUCUUGCUUGGUAGUAGUCCGUCUAGGACGAAAUUUAUAAUUUAUUCGCAUUUUUCACCUAAAAUUUUUAUUAUUUUAUGUAUGAUUAACACAUAAUUCAUUAAAUAAAAUAUAUUAUAAUUUA